AUGGUCGAAUCUUGGACGCUUCUUGUCAGUAUCUGUAUUGGCCUUGUUGCCUAUAUCGGCCUUCGGCUGGUUUCCAAUGGCUCGAAACGACCGCCUCUGCCUCCUGGGCCGAAAGGUCUUCCUCUAGUAGGAAAUCUCAACGAUCUUCCCCCGCCUGGUGUGGUUGAGGCAUUUCACUGGCUGAAGCAUAAGGACCUUUAUGGCCCGAUUAGCUCCGUCACAGUAAUGGGCCAGACCAUUGUUAUCAUCAAUGACGCAAGGCUCGCCUUCGACCUCCUAGACAAACGAUCGGUCAAGCAUUCGUCAAGACCUACACAAGUCUUUGCCGGUGAAAUGAUCGGCUGGGAUAAAUCACUCGCGCUCUCGGGAUAUAAUGACCGCUUCCGAACUCACCGAAAGAAUAUGGCACGCAUUAUUGGAUCAAAGACCGCUGCAGCUCAAUAUGAUGCUCUACAAGAGGCUGAAGUUAGCCACUUUCUGCUUCAUGUGCUAGAUCACCCGGAACGUUUGACAGACCAUAUUAGAAAAGAGGCUGGGGCCGUCAUCUUGAAGAUUGCUUAUGGAUACACAGCAGAACCAUUUAAGGAAGAUCCACUCAUUUCAAUGGCUGGCAAGGCCAUGGAUGAUUUUGGCGUCGCUGCGGUACCUGGCGCAUUCUUAGUUGAUAUACUGCCUUUCUUGAGGCAUGUGCCCGACUGGGUCCCUGUUGCAGGCUUCAAAAGGCUUGCCCGCCAGUGGGCAUCAGAACUUCAUGACGUGACGGAAAAGCCUUAUGCUUUUGUUCAACAUCAAAUCGCACAUGGCAAGCAAGACAAUUCAUUUCUGGCCCAGCUUCUUGAAGCAGGUGACGAUUCCGCUGAAGAGAAACUUACCAAUAAGUGGUCAGCUGCGUCUUUAUAUGUAGCGGGGGCUGAUACGACUGUGUCUUCAAUCGCAUGUUUCUUUCUUGCUAUGUCGCUAUCUCCAGACGUUGUUAGAAAAGCGCAAGAAGAGAUUGAUGGGGUCAUUGGUAAUAAUAGGCUCCCAACCUCGAUGGAUCGUCCAAACCUGCCAUAUGUCGAGGCUGUGGUCAAAGAAGUCUUGAGAUGGCAUCCAGUUGCGCCUAUGGGCUUGCCUCACACAAGCACUACAGAGGAUGUGUUCGAGGGAUAUCUUAUUCCCAAGGGCUCUAUGGUGAUUGCCAACAUCUGGCACUUUGCGCAUGACCCUGAGGUGUAUAGCGAGCCGAUGAGCUUUAAACCAGAAAGGUUCCUACCAACUGACGGCACCGAACCCGAACAAGACCCACACGCAUUCGUGUUUGGAUUUGGACGUCGUGUCUGUCCCGGACGCGUACUAGCCGACAAUGCCUUGUUUCUCAACAUCGCUCAGACUCUUGCAGUUUUUAAUAUCACCAGCGAGAAGGGAGACACUAAAGAGGUCCUAUUCACGCCUGGUAUUGUUAGCCACCCUAGCCCGUUCAAGGCUAGCAUCACCCCGAGGUCUGCCCAUCAUGAAAAGAUGAUUAGAUCUUUGGAGCAAAAGCAUCCAUGGGAGACUAGUGAUAGCCACAUUCUGGACAGCAUGAAGAGUUAG